GCAGUUCUUUUGAACAUAUCCGGCUGCAACGACGUAUCGCCUUCAUCACGGACCUCUUGGGUCUCAGUCGGACCUCUAGUUAAUGAAACGCGCUUGGAGAAAGUUUGGGCUCACCCAGGCCUAGUCACCAACAGGCAAAUCAAAACUAAACCGGUGCCAUGGAAGUCAUGGUCCUGGUGGACCCUGUGUCCACCGGAGCUGUGAUGGCAGACAUCGCGUCCUCUCGUGGUUUCAAAGUGCUGGUUCUUUGGAGUAAAAUGUGCUCUCCAGGUUCUGGUCCAGGUGCCGUGAUCCAAGGGACCUACGAAGCAGUGGAAGAGCAAGCGUCCAUUCCAGCGACCAUCAAGGCCAUCAGAGAUACUCUUCGUCGCGUUCCAAGCUCUGCAACAAAGAUCAGCGCUUGCAUCCCUGGCUUUGAAACCGGAGUGAUGUUGUCGAACCUCGUCUCUUUGCACUUGGGCCUCCUACCCCAUGGCUCGGGGAACGCGCCCUUCAAGGGCGGCGACCGUCAGAACAAGCACGUGCAGCAGAAGGCGCUGGAGAAGUUUGGAUUGAGGACGGUUCGUGAAGUGUUUGGCUACACAUGGGAAGAUGUGGAGGAUCGCUUGAGGAAUUUGGGGCUUCCAAUAGUGGUGAAACCGGUCCAGUCUGGUGGCAAUGAUGGAGUGAAACUUUGCCAGUCACUGCAAGAAGUAGAGGAACACUUUAGCCACCUGUGCAACACCAAAAGGAAACUACAAUCCUCCAGCGCUGGGAUUUUGCUCCAGGAAUUUCUGGUUGGCCAGGAGUAUAUUGUUGAUCAUGUCUCACGGAAUGGAGUGCACAAGACCGUAAUGACUUGGGUCUCCGAGAGGCAAGCUGCAAAUGGAGGGGACUUCGUCUACUUGGCCACGCGACCCCUCCAGGCCAAGGAUUGUCCAUCUGAGGUGAUCUCAUACGUUCGUGCAGUGCUUGAUGCGUUGCAGAUUCGCAAUGGAGCAACUCAUUCUGAGGUCAAGAUGACUCCUCAUGGCCCUUGCCUUGUAGAAGUGAACCUGCGCAUGAUGGGGGCCAACGGAGCGUAUGUGUCGUUGGCACGGCUGCUCACGGGGACAUCACAUCCAGAUGCAACUUUGGACUCUUUGAACCCGGAGCUUUUUGACGCACUCCCUGAUGUUCCCAGAGACUUCAAGACUUCAGGUUUGAUCGUAUCUCUGGUGUCGUACUCAUUUGGCAUAGUGGCAAGCACACCUGGCUUUGACAGAAUGAAGAAGCUGGCUUCAUUUUUGGAAUUGCAUACUUCCAUUUCAUAUGGAUCUGCAGUCAAACCCAGCGUCGACGCUUUCACCAUGGCCGGCUACUUGGUGCUGGCUGGUUCAUGUGAGCAGAUUCGGGAAGAUGUUGCGCAAGUGCGACGCUUCGAAAAGGAAGGUUUGUUUUGCUUUGCAGAUGAGAGACAAAGGUGUUUCUCUGGCGGGCCAUAGCCGCCUAGCCAGUAAGCAAUGCCUGAAUCGAAUCCACGCAAACUUUGCUGCUCAGAUGCGCUUGUACAGCUUGUGCGCUGAAACCAUUCCUUCCUCAUGUUGAUCCAUCUUGAUCCAUUUUGUGUCAAUGGCACCCAGCAUGUUGGAGUCUUAGCCGCGUUGGGCUAGCUUUGCACCCUUGGACCGGAGAAAGAAAGAACAUUUGGUUGAAGAGCAAG